UUCGUAUCCAAGAUGUACGACAUAAGAUUCGAUCGGCUUUGGUCUAAUUAAUAAUUUAAGCUUAAUUAGACCAAAUAAUAAAGUCAUAUAAUAAACUCUGUACAAAUCUUAAGGCAAUUUAUGAAUGCAGCGAAAGAUUUGGAUUUGCAUAAGCCUGUUACAGAAGAGACCAAACUUGAAUAUAUUAGGCUCGUGUGUCAAAUGAAAAUGACUGAAAUUCGUAAGCAAUUAAAUGUAUUCUUGGAAGGCUUUUAUGAUAUUAUACCUAAACGACUGAUUUCCAUAUUUAAUGAACAAGAAUUUGACUUAUUGGUCAUCGUGCCUUAUGUAGAUAUCGAGAAUCUUGUAGCAAAUACUGAACAUCAUAAAUACACUGCUAUGUCUUUACAGAUUCAAUGGUUCUAGUGUAUUACAUAGUUUUGAUCAAGCGGAUGGUGCGAAGUUCUUACAAUUCGUUACGUCCAAAGUGUCGUUACAAGAUUUUGCUGUGUUAGAAGGCAUGAAUUGCAUAUAAAAGUUCCAAAUUCAAAGAGAAGAUAGGUCAACAGACAAACUUCCAUCUGCACAUACCCGAUAAGUAUCUGAAGAAAGAAAUUUUUGUAAUACUUUCUCAUAUGCGUGUAUAAGCUGAAAUUAAAUCGAUAUAAAAGUGGGCUAAAACUGUAUUCUCUAAUUGCAGUUUCAAUCAAUUGGAUCUGCCAGUGUACGAGACGUAUGAUAAACUUUAUACAAAUCUACUUAUGAAUGCAGCGAAAGAUUUGGAUUUGCAUAAGCUUGUUGGAACGCUAUUGUCAUAUAAUAUGUAGCAUUAAUAAUAAGU